GUCACUCACUCGCUUGCUUGCUGCAUUGAAACGCUUCGAGUGAGUGUUGCUUUGAUGACAUCACGAUGAGAAAUGAACUUGGUCGAAGCUCCAAUCGAGCGCUGAAACCACGAGUACACUUACCGUCUGUGUGAACGUCGACGAAUGAGGGCUAAAGCUAGCGGCGAUUAGCAUCGUUAGCUCGUGGAAUGGAAAGCCGCAGAUGCCUGGAAGCGGCGGUGAGGCGUUUGGGACGAUGUGCUGUGACGGUUGUGUGUGUCCAGAGUGUUUUGGGGCCAAAGUGAGCGUGGCGGUCGCGAUGUCGGUGAUCAGGCGGAGGCCGGCGGGCGUCGGGGUCGGCCGGCACGUUCACACUUUAGCGGCGAGGCUGACGGAAGGCGAGCAGACGUGGAGGAGCAAAGCGGAGCUGCUGCAGCAGGAGGUGCUCGGGCUUCGGCAGGCCCUGCUCGUCGCCACGGCCACGGCCACGGAAAGCACAGGUCCCGAUGUGACCACGGAGAGUGACUCGGACACUCCGGAACUCCUUCAGCUUGUUCCGGCCCAGCAGCAGCAGCUUCCCUCCAAUCGGCAGCAAGCUGCCCAGCGGAGGGCGGAGCUUCCUCAUGAGCACUUCUUGCACUCGUGCUGCGCCUUCCAGCGAGCCGACCCGCCGUGGCUCGGGCCGGGCCGGGACACAGACACGGCCGAAGUCUCGGCGGACGCGCCGUGCCGGCUCCUGGACACCUUGGCGGCUACGUUUCGGGAACGCUCGCUUGUCGGGGGAGCGGGCCGACUCGCCCUGAAGGCGUGCCGAGCGUCCGCCCGCGCCAUGGACCUGUUCUCCUCGCGAGGUGCGCCCUCCGCCCGCCUGACGACGCGGCUCCAGGCCUCCCUGAGGGAGCUCGCCGCCAUCUUGCUACACGCCAGCCGGCAGCCGAUGGCCGCCUUCUUCCAGACAGUCGACGUGUCGGCGUCGUGCUUGGCGGCGUUGGGGAGGAGUCGCAUGGCGAAGCCCUUCCUGGUUGGUCACAUCCUGUCUGAGGUCAGCGUGCUGGCGGAUGCGCUGUGCCGCGCCGUCCAGCUCUUUAGCGCCAUCAAGUGGUAUUGCGCGAGGAAAGCGACGUGCGGUGACGGGCUGCAACGCUGGCGGUCGCGUCUCCAAUUUUGGCUCCAAUCUCGAAAAACUCAUAUCUUGAUGCACCGCUGGACAUUGAAGGCCGUUUUUGCUGCGAUAUUGGAAGACGGGUUCACGCGCACGUCUCCUUUGCCGAGAUCAUGCAUCCGCGUCAGAGGAGAACGCGAGCGUGGACAAGAUUCCCGUGGACGAGUACCACAACGCGUUGCGCCUGCUGACGAUUCUGGAGGAGCUGCUGAGCGACUCGCGGGCGUCGCGGCGGAAGUCGGAGCAGACGGAGAGCCUGCAGUACUUGGAACGACAAACGUUGACUCUUUGGCAGGAAUUUCCGCUCUUUGCCGUCAGCGUGUGGAGGGUGGCCGCGCUCGUCGGGACAACAGACGUUCCAUCUUCUGCUCCAAACGGCUCGUGAGAUCGACACGAUUUCGAAAAGCAAACGUUGACGUCAAUUGGCCGUCGGUCACGACACGAAUGAAAAAUAAGGAUUUUGGUUUUUCCUCUCCUCACACAAGACAAUGUUGAUUCUGUCGAAUCAACAUCUGGCCACAAAUGUAACCCUAACUCACUCAUAUAAAAUAAAAAUAUAUUUGCUAGCUACAAUGA